AUGAAACUUAGAACUUUCUACGCGCUGUGUUGCCUCUGCUUAUCGUGUACAGUGGCUGCUGACGAUGAAGAGGAUCAAGGGGAAAAUCGAUCCAUUUUGGAUCCAUCGGAAUUGCUUCAAUCCGAGAAACUUCGUAUUUAUUUAGAUGAAGGCAAUCCGCGGGAUAAGCGAGCAUUGGGUCUGAUCCUAUCAGGAUUGGCGCAAGUGUUUGGUUACGAUGUAAGCCCAAUUCAAGUGGCAUCAUUGCCAAACGUGGAUCCGAGCAAUCCACCUCCUAAUGAAGGUGUGCUCGCUUUAUCAGCUAACCAAACAGCCUCCAUGAAUUCUACCAUGUCCUCUACUACACCUGCACCUAGGCAACGAGAGACUAUCAGAUUCACCGGUGUCCUGAAUUUCGGUAGCAAUGGCAGUCUGUUAACUCAGUUGCAAGAAUACGAGCAGGUUUUCCAUGGAAACAGCACUUCUGGUUCCAUGAUGAACGGAACAACCCCAGCACCAGCAACCCCUAAAAUGCCUGACGCCAGACAACCGGUGGCACCUCUUUUGGUGAACAUACCCUUGCCAGUGAUACCGCAACCAGCUUUACCGGAAAUUCCUCCGCAAGACAUCAAGUUGACAUAUCCCGAACCCAUUCGAUAUAUUUCUGUCACCAGGCAACAAGAAAUGGUAACCAGGAAGAAUGAAAGUUCAGUGAAGCCAACGAGUCAACCGGUCCAAAGUGGACAGAAUGUGAAAUCGCCACCGUUGCAGAUUAAUUACCACUCCGCGAAUGAACCUCCGUGGAAAAAGGAGUAUGAUGAAAGAUUAACUGAACUGGAACGCAAGCAAGCAGAGCAUGCUGAGAUACUGAGACUGCAAGAGGAGUAUCGAAAUCGCCUGAGGGAUUAUGGCUAUGAUAAAGAAGAUGAUAGAGAGUUGAAUCAAGAGAAAGGAAAUAGGGGUGAAGAUUCUAAAUGCAAUGGGAAGGAGAAAGACAAUUAUGAUAAUUAUUCUUCGGUGGAGGAAGAGGAUUCAAGAGAAGGAUAUCAGAAUCAAGGUAGGGUUCCAAGUGAGGGAUCGAAGGAAUUGCAAGACAAUUCUCAGGAGGAUUACGAAACCGAUCAGAGGCCUAAUAAGCAGCAAGAAGAGGGUCCCAUCAAUGAUAAUUACAGUAAUGUUCCGAUCAAUGAGCCUUUGCCAAUCAGCGGCGAUGAUGAACAUCAAUGGCCCCAGCAGCUUAGAAACAGCUAUGGUGAGCUUCUGAAUAGCAGCGAGUUGGAAGAUGGACUUGCAAAUUUUUUUGGACAAUUCAAACAAGCUAGUGGGUUCAAGAUGUCGGAUUCAGGGGGAAACCUGAAUGACGAGGACUCUUCGCGAUCUAUCGAGGAAGAAGACGGGAGCAAUGAAAAUGAAAGGGAAGAACACAAUCCACCAGCGAGGAAUAAGUAUGAAGAAUAUAGUUUGGAGGAUGAUACAGAUACUAAGAGGAAAGAAGAUGAGAAAAAUGCCGAAGAGAAUACGUCUAAUCAGCCUAGUAAAUUAUUCGACAAAUCUAAUAGAAGAAAUGAAUCCCAAUUGGAUGAAAAGAUAAGCGAAGAAGUAGACUUCACUAAUUUCACGCCUCUAAUUGUGCCUGCUCGGUAUGUCUCUGCCCCUGAAGAGACGAAAAAGGCAAAGUCUAGAUUUUCAGCGAUUGAAAAAUUAAAUAGAAUCAAUAAGGUACCUAGCAGAGAUGCUAAUAAGAAGGUACCAAGCAAGACAUCUAGAAGACCGAAGAAGGAAAACCUGAAACCUAAGGCGACUAUCCCAGAACGAAAUUUGCCGAAGAAGCUUCACGAAGGCGAACAAAAGAAUCUACAAGUAUGGCCACCUCCAUUUGAUUUCGUUUUGGAUGGUACCAUUCAACCUGACGAUGUCUCAGGAAGACCUAGUCGAAGGUACGUUAAAGCUCCAAAUGCUGUUGGCAAGGAUGAGACACAAGUUCAAAGAACAAAUGUUCGAAAAACUGAAAGCAGAAUGACCAAUAAUAAUCAAAGAAACCGAGGACACCUAACGUCACCUGAAGACAGCUCACGUGAAAAAUUAAAAAACGGUUCAAAGUUUGGAAAAGUGUCUACGAGACAGUCGACUGAACUAAUGAACCGAGAUAAUCGUACGCGUUCAGCAUCUACGAGCGCGAAACCGCCGCAGCAGCAUUAUCAUCGAGGAACAGAAGCAACAGACUACUGGGACCGUUAUAAGUAUGCCACGAACGACAACUAUAGGACCACGAAUCGUCCAAAUAUCGAGAUAAUACAUCCUGCUCAACGGCAAACUUCGAGGAUGCAACCGAAAAGGUUCGAGAAUUUGAAGCGUAGCACUGAGAAAAGUGUAACUGGUAUUGAGAGCUACUAUACUGACAGAUCUCCAGUGGACACUACGAAAAAGCCUGACGUGAAGAAUCAGAAUAUAGGGGAGUUCCAAGUGAUGGUGCCGCAGUUUGCACCGCCAGGUCCUUUUAUCGAACCUGUACCAGCAUACUUUCAUGUCCCCCUAAUGAAUUACCAGUUUGACCAAAAAGUGGAUAACGAAAAAGAGAUUGACGUAUCUGUGCCACGACAGAACGCCUAUAGGCAUGACGACAGUCUCACGAAAUUUACCAGUGAACCAGAAAAUGCGAAUGGGAAAGUCAGAGUCGGAAGUUACGUUGGCGUUGCUCCCGAUGUGGGGAUUUCGGCACAAAAAACCAUGGAGCUGAAUAGGCCAACGGGUUACGUUGACUACGUUCACAUUUUAUAG